AUGCUAAUCCGUAAAGCCAUGCAAAAAUUCCCUUCUUUCUGUGGGCUUUAUAAAAUGAACAGUCAAGAAGAACUGGUAAGUUCUAUUAUAGAAAGAAGGCGAGCUUGAGUCAUUCUUGUCUGCCCAUCGGCCAGCUAUUGAUGAUUUGCUACGUCGAAGGUUCUUUUACCGGCCUUCCUUUGAAAUUUAUGGUGGAAUCAGCGGUCUCUUUGAUUAUGGCCCACCUGGAUGUGCCUUAAAACGUGAGGUAGAAGACCUCUGGAGGCAGCAUUUUAUACUAGAAGAAGACAUGCUAGAGCUGGCUGGGACCAAUUUGACCCCAGAAGUCGUUUUAGAGGCAUCAGGACAUGUAGCGAAAUUCACAGAUUUUAUGGUCAAAGAUGAAGAAGACGACAGGUGUUGGAGAGCUGACAAGCUGCUAGUAGAAAGCAUGAAGGAAAUCAUUAACAAUAAAGACACCACAGAAGAGGUCAAAGAAGAAUGCAGAAAAAUCAAAUCAUUAGCUGACACGUAUAAGGAAGAACAGUUGCAUGAAAUUUUCACUAGGUUUGGAAUUAAAUGUCCAGGGAGUGGCAGGCCGCUGUCGUAUCCGAAACCGUUUAAUUUGAUGUUUGGGACUAUGAUUGGGCCUUCUGGCAGACAAAAAGGAUUUUUAAGGCCAGAAACAGCUCAAGGGAUUUUUGUGAAUUUUAAGAAUUUAUAUGACUAUAAUAGGAAUAAACUACCGUUUGCAGUAGCACAGAUUGGACUUGGGUUUAGGAAUGAAAUUUCGCCUAGGGAUGGACUGCUGAGGGUGAGGGAAUUUACAAUGGCAGAAAUUGAGUACUUUGUAAAUCCAAGCAAUAAAGAUCAUCAUAAGUUCCAAAAUGUUGCGGCAAUGGUUAUACCGCUAUUCGGGCAAGAGCAGCAAGAAUUGCAGACGCCACCUAUUUAUAUUACACUACACAAGUUAAAAUGGCAGUUGGGGGGUAGGGCCACCAUCCUUCAAUAAGAGAAGUUCUCGACUUCUUGAGAGUCUCGGCUCAAAGAGAAGUGUUCUACACUGAGGGUGACGUGAAAGAGGGGUCCUAAGAGGCUUGGGGACAGAAGCAGGCCGGUGACUAGGCUGAUCUCAUACAUCGUUAUUCAGAGAUGUGGUCCAAGUUGAGGCUAAUAGAACUGGACUUGUAAGAAUAAUCUUAUUAACAUUAAUAUUACAUUAGAAGAAGCUGUUACAAGGAAAAUCAUCAAUAACCAGACUUUAGCAUAUUUUAUGGCCAGAACUUACUUAUCCCAUUUUUCUCACAUAAUUAAUAGUUUAUAAUUAAAUUUUUUAAUGAUAAAUUCAAUUUAUUAUAGAAUAUUCUUAAGAGCUUGCGGGAUCAAGGCAGAAGGGAUCCGAUUUAGACAACACAUGAAAGACGAAAUGGCCCAUUAUUCAUCUGACUGUUGGGAUGCUGAAAUCUUAUUAUCAAUUGGCUGGGUCGAGGUUGUUGGCCAUGCAGAUAGAAGCUGCUAUGACUUAACUAAACAUGCAGAAAAAUCCAAAAAAAAUCUUUUGGCAGCUGAAACUUACCCACAGCCAAGAAUCGUAGAUUUUAUUGAUAUGAAGCCUAAUAAAGGGGUCAUGGGUGCUGCUUUUAAAGCGAAAAAUCAAUUAAUUUUGGCGAAAUUCCAAGAGCUUUCUGAGCUGGAAAAAGCAAGCAUUAAGCAUGCCAUAGAAGAGCAUGGUGAAUAUGAGCUGACAAUUGGGGAGGAGUCCUUUAAGCUGACAAGAGAUAUGAUUAAGCCAGAAGUCACUCAAAAGUCAGUGUCCCAAGAAACCUUUUAUCCAUCAGUAAUUGAACCUUCUUUUGGUAUUGGAAGAAUUAUUUAUUCCAUUUUGGAGCACGCUUUCAGAGAGAGAACCAACGUAAAAGAGGCUCGAAGCUAUUUUUCUUUAUGUUAAUUUCUAAUUUACCAUAUUUUCCCCUAUUUAUAUUUUUUAAAAAAAUAAAAAAAAAUUACCUUUAUAUUUUCAAUAUAAAUUCAAUAUAAUUAAGUCUAUUUGUAUAUUCCUCCAGUCAUUGCCCCUGUAAAAUGUUGUGUUCUUCCCCUCUCAAAGAACCCAGAUUUCGACCAAUUUGUAGACCAACUAAAAGAAACCAUCAAAAGGAAAAGUCUUUCAUGUGAAGUCGACGACUCCUCAACCACCAUAGGGAAGAAAUACGCCAGAUGUGACGAAAUUGGAAUUCCUUUUGCAGUCACAGUUGAUUUCCAAACGGUUAGCGACCAUACCGUAACCCUCAGAGAAACUUUAAGCAUGACUCAAGUAAGGAUCCCUCUUGAAAAUGUCGGUAAAGUUAUACAAAAAUUAGUAUUUAGCCAAAUGACCUGGGAAAAUGUCCAAUGCACUUAUCCAGCAUUUGCUACAGAAGGAAGCACUAACUAA